AAAAAAAAAAAAAAAAAAAUCAGUACAAGUUAGCAGAUGAGAUGAAGACUCUUUGUCCCCUAGAGGUUAGUCUUUUACAAGACUCUCCUGAGUAAACAAAACCAUUGGAUCUAGAGGUGAGAUUAAAGAAAAAAUUAUUCUGACACUGGUUAAAAUGGUAAGGAAGACUUUAUCCAAGACUAUUGCAAUAGGACACAGAGAUCAACCUUAGCUCCAUUACAAGGACAAGUGGGGAUUUAUAGCCAAAAAGCAGGUUGGGUGGGUCAGUGGAUUAAAAACUACUAAGAGGAGACAUCAUGAUAGGGGGAUUUUGACUGAACCAACUUAACAGGAUUCUUGCUGAAGGCAGACCAGGAUGAUCAGUUCUCAAGGGUGGGGGAUUCUCUCUAAACUGACUUAUCAAGAUUCUGGCUGUAACUGGACUCUGCAAGGAUGGACACGGAAGCCCACGUUCAAGGCCUAGUCAAGAAGAGGGCUCAGGGGAACCUGACCAAAACUUGGCCAAGGAGGGAAUGGUUGUUGGUGGGAAGGCAGAACUUGGGUCCUCCUACCUAUUUCUCUGUCCACCAGGGUUCUGGGAUGGGACAGCAGACGUGAAGUGCUCCAGGGCUGGUGGGAGCCUUGGCACUGCCCCAGACAGGUAGAUGUCUUUGCUUCUGGGUCCCUGGGAAGGGUGUGGGAGUUAUCUAUGCUGCACAGGCUCUCUGUGUGGUAGUGGUGGGAGACACAGCAUGAGGAGCAUUCAAAGCAGAAUCAACUUUGGCCCCAUCAGCAGGGAACAGGCCUGUGUGUGGCAGCAGCAGGGACAGGAGCGCCUGGAACAGCUCCCAGGAAUGUCGUAUUCCAGAAGAGGUCUCUAGCCUGGCUGAUAAAUCCCAGAGCUGUAAUUAAGACAAAAUACUGUGAAUGUGACACCUGCUGACAGCUGCAGGAAGGCCCCGGAAACUUGUAUUGUGAAUUAGAUUUUGCAGGCAGCUCUGCCAUGGUGAACUGGUGCCAGGCUAAGGCACCUGAGGGAACUUGAGGGCAAAGAUUGCUCACUAAGGGGGAAGAGGGGAGAUCCUUCACCCCUGUCUGGGAACCAUCGAUGUCUCAGGAAUCACAGACCAUGGUAGAUGCCAAAGCUGGGAAGGGGUUAGAGCGCAUCUGGUCCAAGGCUUUCAUUGUACAUCUAGAAAAAUCCAGACCCACAGGGGAAAUGGGUUGACUUAGGUCACACAGUGAGUUAGUGCCAGGGCUAAAGACCAGGGCUCUUAAUCCCAGGCUGGCACACUUGGCUGGAGAGCUGUUAAAAGUAGUUGAGCAUACAUCCAGAAAUUUGACUUAAAUUCAAUGGUACGUGCUUGGGAAGACAGAGACAAUGUCAGAGGAUGAGACAAAGUUAUAGACAGAGAGACACAGAGACAGAGAGAGUAACACAGAGACAGAAAAGAGAGCAGCAGAAGGACAGAAACACAGAGAAGAGGCAGAAAAUAUUCGUGAGCCUGAACCAUUAGGUUCAAAUAGAGAUUCAACACCUGCUGAGUUGGACAGGACCCCAGCGAUCAUCUAGUCCAGCUACUUUUGUUUUUACAGUAAUGAAACAAAGUACAGCUGAGUGGUUUACAUAUGUCAACCUUUUUAGAAAAAGUUUGAUGCCAUGUGGUUAAAAAAAAAAAAAAGUGCUUUUGGUGUGAAAAGUGGCAAAACUUCCAUCUCUGAAGGUUUGUGAAAUGAAAUUUGAAAAAUGAAGAGCUGCAAGAAUAUGACUCAGAAUAGAGAAAGUUGGGAAAAUGUGAUGCAGAUAUUCCUGCAACUCUCUAGGACUCAGGACUGAGGACUCCCUGACCUUAUUGCUACUUUCUCUGAGGUCUCAGACCCAGUUUCUGAGAAGGACAAAGGGGAAUUCCCCAGAGAAGGAACACAGCCUAAGCCUCACCUCCCACUCCUCCUAUCUUGACACAGCAAAUCUCUGCUUUCAAACAUCAGCUCAAAUGCCACCUCUUCCAGGAAUCCUUCCUUGAUAUCUCACUUGGACCCUCUCCCCCUCAACUGUUACCCAUUUCUUCCUUCUAUAAAGCCCUUCAGGCAUCCCUGCCCUAUGUUAGCCACUCUUCUUUUUUGCCUUAUACAACAGUUAUCCAAGAAUAUGUCGAUAAGAGAGCCCUUAUUCUGCGCCAGGAAUUCCAAAAGCUGUAGCUCUAAUUCUCACAACAAACUAUUAAAGUCGGCUUUGCAUGCCCACUUUACAAGUAAGAAAGCUUAGACUCCAAAAGAAUGAAUAACUUUCUCAAGGUCACUCAGCUACUAAGUGGCAAAACCAGGACUUAAACCCAACUUGGAUGACUGCAGGGCCAGUACUCUUCCCAUGAAACUGAACAACACAUUCCAAGGGCAGGAACUGUGUCUAGUCAUUGUAUCUUCCACAAUUUGGUACUUACUGUGUUUCUGAAUGACUAAAACAGUAAAUGAAUGAAUGAAUGAACGUAAGUGUCCUUUCUUUCGAAGUUUAUAGUGUAGGGCUUGGCAAGCUACAGCCUGUGGGCCAAAUCCAGCCUGCCUCCUAUUUUUGUAUAAACUUUUAUAAAACAUGGCCACACUCAUUCCUUUAUGUAUUGUCGAUGGCUGCUUUCCUGUACAAUGGCAAAGUGAGGUUGUAACAGAGACUGUGUGACCCACAAAGCCUAAAUAUUUACUGUGUGGCCCUCUAUAGCAAAACUUUGCUGACUCCUGCUAUAGCUUAUGGUCUUUACUAAGCUGAUUAAAACAACACUGCUUAUUGCUAAGUAGUAUAAUAAUGAUCUUGUCUUUUAUAAUCUAAAAUAUUGUGUGUCCAUGCUUGUGCACUGGGUGUGCCUAUAAAGAACCAGAUAGAUUUAAAUGUGUAACUGGUAUAUGCCACCUUAUUAUGUUAUAGGCAGGUUUCAUGCAAAAAGACUUGCCCACAUGCCCUCUGGAAAUCUAUAUAUUUUGUUUGUUUGUGGUUUCAUCGUCGUUGUUGUUGUUUUGGUUACGUUUAGCUUUGUCAGCAACACUUUGGCCCAGAUGGGAUGACAGCUGAGACCCCUGGCCACGAAGGUCUUCCCUGAAGCAGAGGAGGGCAGGCUCCCUUUGGACAGUCUCGGUGGGGGUUGACUUUGAGGCUUACCAGAGCAGUAUUGACAAGGCGGUUUUUGAGCCAAAUGAAAAGCAGCCUGUUUGACUGACUGCUCUCCAUUUCCUCUUGGCUUGCAGGGGCUAAGUAUCCCCAGGCUCCCAACCUUAUGUCCUCCCCUGGGCUGAAGGCACUCUUGUACUCCAGGUCUCCCCUACAGCAGUGUUCAUGGGCAGCUGGAGCAGGGCUGCCUACCCAUUGCUGCUCCCAGGAGCUGGCCUCAGACCCCUGGCAUCUGGGGCAGAAACAACAUCAAAGCAGGGAUUGGCCAACUCCCACCCCUAAUGCCAAACAGGCCAGGCACUGGGAGCACUCGGAGGCGUGACGAAUCUCAGCCUGUCUCCGGCUAGUGUUCCCUGGCCAGUCCGCUUUGGGCCUUGCCUCACAAUGACGGGCUCAUCAUUCAGCCUCGCUCAUCUGCUCAUCAUUUCAGGACUGCUCUGUUACUCGGCAGGCUGCUUGGCCCUUCCUGGCCUGGAUCAGAAGAAGCGUGGUGGCCACAAAGCAUGCUGCCUGCUGACGCCCCCUCCACCACCACUGUUCCCACCACCAUUCUUCAGAGGUGGCCGAAGUCCGCUUCUCUCCCCAGACAUGAAGAAUCUCAUCCUGGAACUGGAGACCUCGCAGUCCCCGUGCAUGCAAGGCUCGCUAGGCUCCCCUGGGCCUCCCGGCCCCCAGGGUCCACCGGGGCUUCCUGGCAAGACAGGACCAAAGGGAGAAAAGGGGGAGCUUGGCCGACCAGGAAGGAAGGGUAGACCUGGCCCCCCAGGUGUUCCUGGCAUGCCUGGGCCCAUCGGUUGGCCAGGCCCUGAAGGACCCAGGGGUGAAAAAGGUGACCUGGGUAUGAUGGGCUUGCCAGGGUCAAGAGGACCAAUGGGCUCCAAGGGCUACCCUGGAUCCAGAGGGGAAAAGGGAUCCAGAGGUGAAAAGGGUGACUUGGGUCCCAAAGGAGAAAAGGGUUUCCCAGGAUUUCCUGGAAUGUUGGGGCAGAAAGGUGAAAUGGGUCCAAAAGGUGAACCUGGGAUAGCAGGACACCGAGGACCCACGGGAAGACCAGGAAAACGAGGCAAGCAGGGACAGAAAGGGGAUAGUGGAGUUAUGGGCCCACCCGGCAAGCCUGGGCCUUCUGGUCAACCUGGCCGUCCAGGCCCCCCAGGGCCCCCAGGCCCCCCAUCUGCAGGACAACUUAUAAUGGGACCCAAAGGGGAAAGAGGAUUUCCCGGGCCUCCAGGAAGAUGUCUUUGUGGACCCACUAUGAAUGUGAAUAACCCUUCCUACGGGGAAUCCGUGUAUGGGCCCAGUUCCCCGCGAGUUCCUGUGAUUUUUGUGGUCAACAACCAGGAGGAGCUUGAGAGGCUGAACACCCAAAAUGCCAUUGCCUUUCGCAGAGACCAGAGAUCUCUGUACUUCAAGGACAGCCUUGGCUGGCUCCCCAUCCAGCUGACCCCUUUCUACCCUGUGGAUUACACUGCAGACCAGCGCGGCACCUGCGGGGAUGGGCUCCUGCAGCCCGGGGAGGAGUGUGACGAUGGUAACAGCGAUGUGGGUGACGACUGCAUCCGCUGUCACCGUGCCUACUGUGGAGAUGGUCACCGGCAUGAGGGUGUGGAGGACUGUGACGGCUCUGACUUUGGCUACCUGACGUGCGAGACCUAUCUCCCUGGGUCAUAUGGAGACCUGCGAUGCACCCAGUACUGCUACAUUGACUCCACGCCCUGCCGCUACUUCACCUGAGGGCCAUGAGGAGCAGGUGGGCUGCGCCCCACAGAACUGGCAGCAGCUUCUCCACCGUCAUCAAACUGGCCAUGUCCUGGCCCCGUCUCCACCCACCUUUGUGUGACAAAAACAAGGACAAAUUCCUGCUACUAAGAUAUGCUGUUAACUCAGUCUGACUGGAAGAAUUUAGGACCACUGCAUCCUGUCUUAAUCCAAGGUACUGGAAAACCUUCCACAUGCCCAGCCUGAGACCUGUUCCCCAUCGCUACCAUCCGGCCAAACAACCGGCUACAAUGCUCUUCCUCUUCUGGAAUGUCGCUGACCCAGGCCGUGGACUUGGCUGAGCACUGUUAGACACACAUAGACCUGCAGGCUGUUUUAGUACGUUUUGAUCUCUUUGGGGAAUCUGGAGUACAGGCCUCUCCACCCCUGACCUCCGAAACGAGCAGGCACUCUCACUUACCCUGGGCAGCUCGCUGUCCGGUCUCUCUAGGCCUAUGAACCACAGAGCAGGGAAGUGGGCACAUUCUCUCAGGGUGGCUCACAGCUUUGAACCUGCCACAGGACCCCAGCCCAGCCUGACGUGGAUGUGGCUGCCCAGGAAGAGACUUAACUGUGAAAAAGUACUGAGAACCCACCUGACCCAGGCUUGCCCCAAGCAGAGGACAGAGAAGACGCUCCUCUUCUGUGUUUCCCAAAGGGAUGGCUCUUGUGGUUCAAAAUCUCCGGCACCAUCUUGACCUCUUGGCUCUCUCUGCACUUUGGCCCUGUCUCGAAAAUGUCCCUCAGGUCCAUUUCCUGUCCAGAAGACUCACGAGGACUGUGUGACCUGCACAAAGCCACACCUGGGCAGGCUGUUGCUAUCUCCUUGGUCCUUAGGCAGAUACUUCCCUGGGUCCCCCAUCUAGGGCCAGCUGCAGAGGGCUUCUCUCUAGGCAGAGCGUUCCUGGCCGGAGCUCUACCUCCAUGCCUCCUGCUGACCCCGACAGCGUCCCGUGGCAUUUCUUUCCUGUCUGCAUAUUGCAUAGCCUUGUCCUCCUGUGUGCCUGAGCGCCUCCCUUUUCAAUAAGAUUAUUAGUCCUGCAUGUCUGUGAGCUGCCUUUCAUCAUCAUUUUUCCUGAGUGGGGCUUAAUUUUAUUUUGGAAAGAUAUCUCCAAGAUGAGGUCCACCCCCACAGCAGAUCUCAAGUAGAAAUUGUCCAUUUGUUACCAGCUGGAGGGACACCCCUGGGUUUUUGUACAAAGCUAUUUGAUGAGCCUGAGCCUUGGGGACUCAGCAGGCUGGAGCUUGGGGCCUGGUGGACCAUCACCUGGUGUCUGUAAGUGGACCCAGUCUCCCACAGGUGAUAUCAACCUGAGGGUGGCAUCUUUAGAGGCAGGCACAUGGGCAGCCCUGUUCCCUUCGCCUCUACUGCAAGGCCUGGGGAGAUGUUGUUUUCAUGCUGCUUCCACCAUCACACUGGUGUUUCCGGAUGGGAAAUAAAAAAAUAAAGGCAGUUCAUUUCCCC